AUGGACCUGCGGCACUUCUGGGAAGAGUAUGUGGUGUUGAAGCCCAAGCCUGGGUCCUUUGGAGCCGACGAUGCCGAUGCCAUCAUCUAUACCAACGAAGACAUGGAUCCCAUCAAGCGCAAGGACCGCACAUACCAGUGGUACCAGAUGGGUCUUUUCUGGAUCGCCGAAGGCUUCAACGCCGCCCAGCUACAAGUUUCCAGCUCUGCCUUUUCUCUCGGGCUCAAUCCAGGAUUGUGCGUCGUCGCCUGCCUCCUAGGCAACAUCAUUGUGUCUAUUCCAUGCGCGGCCUCGGGCUACCUUGGGAGUAAACUAGGGGUGAACUUCCCUGGCGUCGUUCGAGCUUCUUUCGGAAUGUGGGGUUCGAAAUGGGCUAUGAUCGUUCGCGCUGUGCCCUGCCUGAUCUACUAUGGUAUUCAAACGAGUCUCGCCGGUCAAGCGGUUCAGGCAUGUAUCACGGCUAUUUGGCCCUCCUUUCGCCAUUGGGAGGUCGACGCCUUCCCAGCAUCUGCCAACAUUACCGCCCAGCAGCUCCUCUGCUUCGUCAUCUUUUGGCUCAUCUCGCUGCCAUUCCUCUACCUACCGAUCAAAACAUUGCGCUUUUUGUUCGUGGUGAAGAGCAUCAUGGUGCCACUCUACUGGACCGCUCUGUUUACCUGGUCCAUCACCGCCGCAGGAGGCUGGCCCAAGGUCUGGACGAAACCGAGUAUCCCUACUAAUGGCAUGUCCGUUGGGUACCUCUUCGGAAUCUGUGUGAACGCCGCCAUCUCUGGGAACGCCACUUUUGCCGUCAACAUUAUGGAUAUCUCUCGACACUCCAAGAGCAACAAGGCCGCUUGGAUGACUCAACUUUUUGCGCUCCCGGUAUUCGUCACCUUGACAGAGCUGCUAGGAUGUACCAUGGCCGUGGCCUCCUCGGUGGUUUACGGCGAGGUCCAGUGGAACCCUCUCGUCACCAUCAACAACUUUGAAGCGCGUGGAGGAAAGUUCUUCGCCGGCAUAUUGUUCGUCUUCUUCAACAUUAUGACCAACGUCACUGGAAACUCGAUCCCUUUCGCUAAUGAUCUUACCGGCCUCUUUCCUAAAUAUAUCAACAUCCGUCGUGGACAGUUUAUUUGCGCUGUGGUCGGGUUUGCUAUCUGUCCCUGGCAGAUCCAGGCUAAAGCGACGACCUUCCUAGCCUUUAUGGGUGCUUAUACCCUAUUUCUGGGCGCCACCACGGGCGUGAUGAUGACCGACUACUUCUGGGUGCGUCGCGGCUACGGUAUCAAUAUCUCCCAUCUCUUCAAGCCGCAUGGGAUAUACUGGUACAACUACGGAUUCAACUGGCGCGCUUUCGUGGCCUGGUUCGUGGCCCUAGCGCCCUUGCUACCUGGCAUGGUCCAGACCAUGGGCGUCAAAGUCACCAAUAAAGGGAUCCUGAAUCUUUACUCCUGGAACUAUGUCCUCGUGGUCACGUUUUCGGGUCUGUUGUACCUGGCCCUGACCACCGCCUGGCCGAUCCCGGUCCGAACCAACGACGAAGAUCUGGGCAAGCUCUAUCUGAUCGAUGGUCUCGAUCCGGAACUCACCACUGGCAUGCUUCCAAGGGGUGAAGAUGUUCAAAGUGAAAGUGACGGCAACGCGGGGAGUCGUGAGAAGGGGGCGUUCGAGACCAAGGUAGAUGCUCAACCCGUGAGCAACAUGGCCUAG